UCAGUAGAGAAGGGUACAUAGUUCUCACUGCACUCUUCUAACUAGUUCUCUCCUGAUCUCAAGCAUGCUGUGCCCGUGGCUCCCUGGAGGCUUCCAGAUGGCAGUUCUGAUGGUGCUGCUGAUGGUGCUGAGCCCUCCUGUGGCUUUGACCAGGGACCUUCAAUUUAAACCUAUGGUGACCGUGUACCCCACAAAGACUGAACCCCUGCAGCACCACAACCUCCUGGUGUGCAAUGUGCAUGGAUUCUACCCAGGCAACAUUGAAGUCAGAUGGUUCCGCAAUGGCCACGAGGAGAAGGCUGGGGUGGUGUCUACAGGCCCGGUCUUCAAUGGAGACUGGACCUUCCAGAUCAUGGUGAUGCUGGAGAUGACCCCCCAACAGGGGGACGUCUACACCUGCCACGUGGAGCACCCCAGCCUGGACGGUCCUGUCACCGUGGAGUGGAAGCCCCAAUCUGGAUCUGCGCAGGGCAAGAUGAUGAGUGGCGUUGGGGGCUUUGUGCUGGGGCUGCUCUUCCUGGGUGCAGGGCUGUUCAUCUACCACAGGAACUCAAAAGGGCACUCUGGACUUCAACCAGCAGGACUCCUGAGCUGAAGUGAAGGUGGACAGCUGGGAAGGCAGGACCUCUGCUCCUACCUCUCCUCAUGACAUCACUCCAGCUUGGCUCCAAUUCUUCAGAGAGAAGUAAUGCUAUCUCCGGACUUGGCUUCAUCCCU